AUGUCUGCUUGGGUCUAUGCAAGCGUAGAUAGUGUGCGUGGUAAAAAUCAGAAGGGAGAAGCACUAUGGUUACAUGUGCAAAAUUUGUAUCACGUAUUUCCUGACAAUGAAAAUGUUGCUUAUGAACAAGAUGGUAGCAACUCAAAGAGGACAAAGACUUCUGAAUCUGACGAGUAUACUAUCCCUUCAAAUCCAGAAACUCCUACAUCUGGACAUUCAACUAGUUCUCGGCCUAUAGGUAGAGACAAGGCAAAAGUAAGGCAUGAUUGGGAAUGGAAGAAUUAUCCUAAUGCAUGGGCUAGACAAUAUACAGGGAGAAGUGGAAAACCAACGAUCAUUUUCGAAGCUGUUACAUCAUACGACUUAUGGAUAUGGCAUGCAUUCUUUGGAACUCCAGGUUCGUGCAAUGAUAUUAAUGUACUCCAUAGGUCUCCUGUUUUUGAUGAUGUCUUAGAAGGUCGAGCACCAAAUGUUAAUUACGUAGUAAAUGGUCAUCAGUAUAAUAGGGCAUAUUAUCUUACUGAUGGCAUAUACCCUCCAUGGGCUGCAUUUAUCAAGUCAAUCACUUCUCCACAAACUCAAAAGCGUAAGUUGUUUGCUCAAUUCCAAGAGUCUAUCAGAAAAGAUGUUGAGCGAGCAUUUGGAGUCCUACAAGCACGUUUUGCAUAUUUGCGAAGGCCAUGCCUUGUCUGGGACAAGAUGUUGAUGGGAAAAAUUAUGAUUGCUUGUAUCAUCAUGUAUAAUAUAAUAGUAGAAGAUGAACGUGAUACAUAUCAAAAUUAUUAUGAUCCUACUGAGUUUUUUGAAGAUACACCUAUAAGAGCACAAGAAGGAAAUGCUGAAGCUUUUUACUACUCUACUCAACGGAUCAGGAGUUUGUUUUCUUAUUUAACAAAUCAAGAUCAACUCCGCAAUAGAGAAGCUCAUAUUGCCCUUAGAGAUGAUUUGAUUGAGCACAUUUGGGAAAAAUUUGGCACAGAUAAUUGA